GCGUUGAUAGCGUCGUAUAACAGUUGAGCACCAUUUCCUGUUUAGGAUUGCGCAUGCGUCGGCGGCACUACAAUUUCCGGUUUAUGAAACCAACACAAUAUCGCACACGGAAGAGACGUCAUCAUUUCACAUCAAGUGUGGAGAACAUACAGUAGAUGGAUGCAAGUGAGUCCUGCAGCUUCUCCAAAAUACCUCCUGGUUGGAUCAGAGAGGUCAGGCAGCGACAAACAGGCAAGCUGGAUGUCCAUGUCAUGAGCCCCCAGGGCCAGAUAUUCCGAUCAAGAGCUUCUCUGAAAGCAUUUCUUAAGAAAAAUGGUGAAGACAUCAACAUCAACGUCUUUGAUUUCACCGCAACCAAAAGUGAUGUCACCUCUCUGCAUUUUCUUCCCUUUCGGGAGGAACGGAGGAGACAGAAAAAACAGAAGGAAACAACACACAUACUGGAUCCACUUCCAGAUACAUUAAAAAGAGCAACCUCCUACAGAAGCGUUGAUGAUGACGAUGUGAAGGAAGAUCCUCCAGAAGCAAGUGAUGAGAGUCUGCAGCCUGAACCUGAACCUGCCGGGGUGCAUGAUGAUGCCACACUUGAGAAGAGACCUUUGAGGGUGGGGCUGCUGAGAGCGAAGCUUCUCAGACUGGAUCCUCUCAUGGCGCCACAGGAAGUACAGACAUAUACGCCAUCUGUGUUUUUGGAACCUCCCCCUACAGAUGAAAAUGAGGCAGGUGAAGAUGGAGUGCAGAUUGACAGAGUUGAUAACGGAGUACAUCCUGAACUGGAGGCUGACAACUGUGAAGAGGUGGAGGAGAAGUUGUCAUUGUCUGAUGAAAAUUCCAAGAAUUCCAAGAAUAAGUCCAAAAGUUCAUCAGACAAACGGAAAACAAGUCCUUAUUUCAGCAGGAGACCUUUUGCAGAUGGUCUCAGUCCUCCUCGCAGGAAGGCCUUCAAGAAGUGGACACCUCCUCGUUCCCCUUUUAACCUUGUACAGGAAACCCUCUUCCAUGACGCAUGGAAGCUACUGGUGGCCACCAUUUUUCUGAACAAAACCAGCGGUAAAAUGGCCAUUCCACUCCUUUGGCAAUUCUUUGAGCGUUACCCAUCUGCAGAGGUGGCCCGCCAGGCAGACUUGAAGGCCAUGUCUGAACUCCUGAAGCCACUUGGUCUGUUUGAGGUGCGGGCCAAAAUAAUCAUCAGGUUCUCGGAUGAAUAUCUAACCAAACAAUGGCGAUACCCCAUCGAGUUGCACGGAAUUGGGAAGUACGGCAAUGAUUCCUACAGGAUCUUCUGUGUGGAAGAAUGGAGACAGGUGAUGCCUGAAGAUCACAAGUUGAACAAAUAUCACGCCUGGCUUUGGGAAAACCACAACACACUUGGAAUUUGAAGAUGUUCUCUACAAGCUGCUCAUUAUGUAUACACACUGAAGUUUUAGCCUUACUUUAAC